AGUUACGAUAUCAACUCAAUCAUGGAUUUUUUUUGCUUUUCGCCAAUCGCAUUGGCAAGUUUGACGCCACCGACGAUCAAAUGUGUUCGGGCAGAUUCUUUAUCGGUCACCGGAUGCCACGGCAGGGCUAUAAUGGCUACCCAAUUGCACUUGUAUGCGUAUAUUGGGCAUCUCUUGGACCUGCACCUGCAUUUUCGGAGGAUUGAGGAGAGCUACCUUCCGAUUGAAUCGAGUUUACAGACAUCACUGGUCCAGAUAUACGCUCGCCCAGGGACCUUCAGUUUAGUGGGUAUCACGCCAGAGGAGCACUUGAGUAACUGA